AUGUUCACGCAGCCAGUAUCGUCUCCUCCGCCGGGGCCGCAGGCUGCCAACCCCGUCUCGCCGUCUCGCCCAAGCCGGCUGCGAGGACUGAGCUACUUGCGCAACUACACUCACAACCAUCUGCUGUCGCGAGACUCGCACCAUUCAUCCUCGUCAUCCGCCAACGCCAACGCCCACGCCCACGCCCACGCCCACGCCCACGCCCACGCCCACGCCCACGCCCCCCCCAACUCCAACUCCAACUCCAGCUCCAGCUCCAGCUCCAGCUCCAACUCGCCCCUCCGCAGCAGCCGGGCACACAGCGGCAACUUGACCCGGUCCGUCAGCUACACCCCGUCGUCGACCUUUUCGCCCGCUUCGCAGAACCCCAACCGGCUCACUCUUGUCAGCACAUCCCCCGACCCUGCGCUUGCUCUGUCGCCGCAGGUCAGCGUGCGAGAGAACAACGGAGCCUCGCUGAACGGCCCCCCGCCCACGAUUCCGGAGACGACUGCUUCCAUCCUCCCGCAGGCGUCGGAGCCGAGUCAAAACGCUUUGCCAGACUCGACGUCCAGCGGCGCCUCGUCCAACAUGAGUGCGACUCGAGCUCGUGCUGUGAGCGAUGCUAACGCACCUGCACCCUCGCCUGCCGCAAAUGAUGCUGGUGCCGGUGCCACGGCCAACGCCGCCCCCGAAAAAGUCCCGUCAAUACGCUUCUCCGCGCACUACGACGUCCGAUCGACUCGGCCCUCGCUCUCAUUUUCCCCAAUCUCGAGAACCCUGCCCAACGGCACCGAGGUCAUCCGCGUGGGGCGAUAUUCAGAACGAGACGGCCAGGCCGCCGCCAUGCACAGCAACCAGCCGUCCGCGGCCCCGGUGGGCUUCAAGAGCAAAGUUGUGAGUCGCCGACAUUGCGAGUUCUGGUGCGAGGAUGGCAAGUGGUUCAUCAAGGAUGUCAAGAGCUCAUCAGGCACCUUUUUGAACCACAUCAGGCUGAGCGCCCCAUCGCAGGAGAGCAAAGCAUAUCCAGUCAACGAUGGCGAUAUUGUUCAGCUCGGUAUUGACUUCAAGGGCGGCGAGGAGAUGAUUUUCCGCUGUGUCAAGAUGAGGUUGGAGCUGAACCGCGGCUGGCAGAACAAGCUCAACAGCUUCAAUGUCGCCGCCCACAAGCGUCUCCGGACCAUGGCAACGGGUGCCCCCCCCGGGGCAGCAUCUGGAUCGAGCUCGCAAAGCUCGCAGGAUUGUUCCAUCUGCUUGAAUUCUGUUGCGCCCUGCCAAUCUCUAUUUGUUGCGCCGUGCUCACACACGUGGCACUUCAAAUGCGUGCGAUCGCUGUUGACGUCCCCACAAUAUCCAAUCUUCGUCUGCCCCAACUGUCGCGCAGGAGCCGAUCUUGAAGCCGAUGUUGACGAGACUUCUGCAGAAUGGCAGCAUCUCAACGAGGAGACGGACUCCAACAAGCAGGAGGAACCCGAAAAUCCGAAACAGGAGGAAUCUUCUGCAGCCGAACCCUGUGCAGCCGAGUCCACGGAGGCUGCGGCGCCGGACACGGAUGCCAUGGAUUUCACAAUGAGCGUCAACGUGUCGGACAGCCCCGGUGCAGCGUCAACGGGCAACUUGUCGCACGCAGCCUCAGAGCCCUUGCCCAUUACAAACCCAGCCUCAGGCACAGGACGUGUAGGCCAUCUACGCAACCAUCGGUCCCCGUCACCGUCAUCUAGCGGCGCAGAAGGCCCCAUCACGCCGAGAAACAAUGCCGGACCGUGGGUAUUUGAUGGCAGUGCCGGACAGCGUGCUGCUGCUGCUGGCAGCCCCGCGAUGCGAAGCCUAGAUGCUGCAGCCGAAAUGGAUGUAGGCGGCGGUGCCAACCCUAGCCGAUGA